AUGCAAUAAUUUUUGCCUUAGCCUUUGCCUUAACCUGUGCCUUAACCUGUGCCUUAGCCUGUUUAAAAUUUGAGGAGCAUAUCAGAAAUACUAUAAGCAGUUUAAAAAGCUCAUUCAGCAUUAUAAAAUGCAAAUUCAGAUUUUGAAGAGAGAACCAAAAAAUUUAGUGGUCUAACAUCAACGAUGACUGUAAAUUUUGAGUGUACUUUAACAAAAGAAACUAUAAAAUAUGCUGUAUUAAUAAAAAAUUAAUAGAAAAAAGGUUGUUUUAUAUGAAUGUUUUAAAACUUUCAAACAUUAUGAUGGAGUGAUUGAUUUGGAGUAAUUUUUAAAAUUAAACUAUUCCAAACUUGAAUAAUAAUAACAGAAAUAAUUGUCAUGUCCCAUAUGUAAAACUGUGACUAAGUUUGAAAAAAUAGAAGAUGCCUUCUUUCCUCAUGUUAUAAUAAAUGAAUUAAGAGCAAAAGUAUUUAUUAUGUUUUAAGAGAUAGUGUGGAGAAUUUCCAAGAUAAAUAAUGUAUAAUUUUAUAGAUAAAACGUAUUAUCCAUUACAUAAAGGAAAAAUGGGAAUUGCUUAGAAUAGUUAUUUUGAAUAGAUUGGAAAAUUUAUGAAAAAAGAGAUUAAUCCUGCAAAUUAAUUUUAUUAAAUGGUUAAGAGCUUCAAUGUGAAUUGUAGCUUUUUAUUUUAUAAUAAUUGUUCUUUGAGUUCCAUAAAAGUAAUGAUACCAGUUAGAAGUUAAUAAUGCAAACAUUUUGAGGUUUAUGAUUUAACAGCCUUAUUGAUUCAUUUUGAUAAAAAAGAGAAACAAUUUUAAUGCAAAAGACCUGGAUGCAAUUCAAUAAUAAAAGAAGAAGAUUUAUGUUUAGAUCAAGAUUUAUUUAAUAGCUGUUUAAAAUCAUAUAGUUUUAGAUUUUCAUUUAUAUAUAACAAAGAAAAAAGAAAAUUGGAAGAUAUUUUGGAAGAAAAAUAAGAUAUUAAUCUAUUCAAGUUUCGUAAAUUUUAUUAAACUUAAGACUAUUUAAAUUAUUAAUCUAAAAUUUAUAAGAUAGUAGAUUAGAUUUACACAAGUCCUAUUAAUUAAGAUAAGACAGAAGAAUUUUAUAAGAAAUAUUCAGUAGAAAAUAUUAAGAAUUAAAAUUUAGAAUUAAAAUUUUGCUAAUUUACAGAUUAGAGAAUAGAAUUGCCUUGUAGAUGUAUUCGAUGUGAAUAAGUUUAAACUUGUGAUCUGAGAUAUAUGAGUUGUAUUUUGAAUCAAUUUUAAAAUCCUGCUGAUAUUAAAAUUGGUGAUAAAGUCAUAGAUAAAUGUCCUCUUUGUACGACACCUUUCACAAAGAAGGUUAAGCCAAAAGAUAUUCCUAUAUUUGAACAAGUGUAUGUAGAUGUAAAAAUGAUGAAUUUCAUUACUAUAACAACAGGAUUUGCUAAUAUCAAUAAAAAAGACUUCAUAAAUUAUUUAUAAGAUAAAGUGAUUACAAAAGUGAUUUUAAAAAAAGACUAAGAAUCAAUUUUGAAAGGUAAAUAAGCCAUAACAUUUAUAAAAUUGGAAGUAAAAUAAUAUUUGUGAAUAUAGUGUCCUAUAUCAAAAAAGAAGAUUACAAGGCCAAUAAGAGGAAAUAAUUGUACUCAUGCAUAGCCUUAUGAUUUUGCAAUAUUAGAUAUGCAUCAAGAAGGAUCAAUAAAUCUAAAUGAAAGGAAUUGUGAUAUUUGCUAAGCAAAAUUUGAUUAUUUUUCAGAAGAUACUUUUUUGAAGGACCAAUUAGACAUAUUUUAUACUGAAUAAUAAGAAGAAUAUGAGACAGUACGUUUGAAUAUAAUGAAUAAUAAAAUUUCCAUAAAACCAAAAACUUUGUGAU